AUGGUGGCGAGAUUGGUGGCCUUCUUCCUUCCUUCUUGGAUCUUCCUUCCUCUCUUCCUCCCCUUCCUUGUCCGAGUGUCAUCAUGGAGAUGGAUGGGCAAAUGGGAAAGCUUCAUUGCGUCGGCGACGUGCUUCUCCCUUUCCAUCUGCGUCGGUGCAGGGCGGGCUCCUCUUGUGUCCUUGGUUACUCAUCCACCAAAUUCCUCUUCAACCUCCAUCUUUGGAGGCCCACAAUGUGGUUCCUGGAACUGGUGCUCCAGCCAUUGGGUAAUUGGUGUUGCCCUUUCUCAGUUUAGGUGUUCAUUUGCCUGA